ACCCUAGCUAGCUCACUCCCCCUCGUUGGCGAUCGAAGAAGAGAGCUCUCUGCCCCUAUUGGUUCAAUAGAUCAACUUCCCCAUAAAUUUGUGAAAAGAUGGAAAAAUGUGCUGCGAUUCGUGAACGAACAACUGAACCCCCAGCAGGGUUAAAUCAACUAACCCCGGAGCUGAUCAAACUUGUGGAAGAAGCUCAGGUUCCAUUUUAUCCGGGUUGCAGAUACACGGUACACAAUUUAAUCAAUGAACUGAUGGAUGAUAUGCAGUCGUCUGAAUCAAAUGCAACAGGCACAUGCCUCAGAGAGACCGUUGGGCUUUUCAUACCUUCGAUGCCAAAAGGUGGGGAACAAUGGCAAAUCGCUGAGAUUGAUAAGCUGAUAUAUGCUUAUACCCUAAUCCGCUCUCUGAAGUCCCAUGGUGGUAAUGCAGAGCCAUCUUCCAAGGCUGCAACUAAUGGAAACAAGGUGCAGUGGAAUUUUCAACCAACAAUGAUAUCUGCCCAACAAUCUGAACUGGUCCCAAAUGCAACUGGUGGAACUUUUUUUGUGAGGGAUUCCAUCCAAGAUGGCUAUCCACAGUUGCAGAAGAAUUCUCGACCAACUUUGUCGUUGUUUCCACAACGCUCUGAACAGAUGUGCGCAGGCAGCGCAGCUCAGACUGGUAGGGCAAAGGGAAAGAUAUCACUGGGGGACAGCUCUACGCCAAAAUGAACAUGCAUUCGCGGAUGCAUGAAAACCUUGGUUUGUCUGUGUUUGGUCUAGAAAUGAAUAAUUAAGUA